AUGAAUUGUUCAAAGUGCAAUUGUGAUUUGGCUACUGCCGACUGUGUUAAAUGUUCAAAAUGUUCUAAGCUAUUCCAUAUUGCGUGCUCGUCUAUCGUGGGUUUAACGGGCAGUAUUCUUAAAUUUCGUUGUUCUUCGUGGCUGUGCACUAUCUGCGAGGGUGCAAGACUUGGAGUUAGAAAAUCUCCGGUUACUAAAUCAGUUUUAGAUACCGAUUAUAUAUCUAAAAUUAAUAGCAUACUUCGGCUGUAAAUGAUAUAAAAAAAUCGGUUUCUAAGCAUGAUUCGUCAUUUUUGGUGCUCAAUAAUAAACUUGACGAUGUUUCUGGUCAACUGCGGGACUUGGGGGUUCGUACUUCAGUGCUCGAGGAUAGAGUUACUCAGCUGGAAAAUCGUUUGUCUAGCGUUGAAUCUACGAGCUCUCCCUCGGACGAGUCCAUAAUAUCUGAAGUUAUCGAUCGGCAGGCAAGAGCUCGAAAUUUAAUUAUUUUUAAUGCUCCAGAACCAGAUGGAAAUAACGAAAAUGAUAUAUCGCUUAUAAAAUCUGUCUUCCAUGUUUUAACUCCUAACAUUGCUCCAGCAAUAGUCUCUAGACUGGGUCAAAAGACAAGCAAACCUCGGCCACUUAAAGUUACUUUACAUGAGCCUUCCGAUAUUUUUAUUAUACUAAAAAAUAAACACAAACUGCGUACGUCCCCUAUAUAUGGUUCCAUUCGUAUUUCUCCAGAUCGUACAAUUAUGCAACGAAAUCAACUUCGUGAUAUCAUGGGGAAAAUCGAGGAACGUAAAGCAGCCGGUGAAUCCAACUUAGUGAUGAAAUUUGUCAAAGGUGUACCAAACAUCACAAAAAACUAA